AUUCUUUUUCUUCUUCUUUCUGUUCUGUUGACUAUUGUCUUGCACACCAGCCCUAUUUUUAUUAUUAUUAUUUUAUGACACCAUCAUCACCACCCAUGGGUUCCUAUCGGCUUUCAAUCAAAGAUGCCACAGGUAGACAGAUGAGUCUACUCAAUGACGAUCACCCAUCAUCACAUCAACCUCGUCCUCUGAAUACCACCUAUUCCAAGCCAAUGGAGUCAACGGCGACAACAACAACCACUCCACAGAACGCAUCGCCACCUGCGCGUCGCAGAUAUCAUUGCAUGGAACCAGGAUGUAAUAAAAGCUUUACAACAAGUGGCCAUCUUGCGCGACACAAUCGCAUUCAUACCGGCGAAAAAAAUUUCCAUUGCAUAUAUCCGGGAUGUCCUUCGCGAUUCUCCCGCCAAGAUAAUAUGAUGCAACAUUAUCGAACCCACAUGUCACCUAAAUCACGACGCCUUCCUUACUAUGCUCAACGUCGACAAGUCAUGUCUCACUAUCAUCCUUAUCAUCAUACGCAAGCCGUGAGCGGUUCUCAUCGAUUACCUUUUGCUAACCACCACGGUUCAGCUCCACUUGCGGUUCUUCCUCCUUACGGCCACGAACGAGCAGCCUCAGCCACUGUUGCCAAACCAAAUUAUGAUCCAUCCGUUAUGCAGCUUUAUUACUCUUCAUCUCCAAUGGUUACACCGUCCCCGAGCGCCAUUGUUGAUCUCUUUCAACCCCUUUCGGCACCACCCCCUGCAUUGCCUAAACCACGUCCAAUGGAGCCUUCUACAGCGACACCCACGUUUCGAUUGCAUCAACGAAGUGCUUCCAUUUCCUCGGCGUGUUCCUCUUCCACUUCAUCGUCUUUUUUAUUUUCGCCACCGCCGAUGCAAUCGCCCAGCCCUUGCCCAAGUAAUGCCAUGAGUUCUCCUUCAGAUCUUUUACAGCUCGCCAAUAUUGUGAGCACCUACGGCUAAAGUCCUUAUUUGGAUCGUGAACCUUGUCUCUUUGACCUUUUUUUUUUUUUUUUUUUUUUUUUUCUUUUUUUUUUUUUUGCU